AGACUAUUCAUAAACGAAGCACAGUCGGUAUCAGUCUUCACAAGUGUUCUGACUUGAGAAGUAACCUAUUUUCAAAAGAGAACUAGUGAUUUCCCAAGAUGAAGCUAUUGAUUGCACUCGCCCUGGUGACAUUCGCCGUUGGAGCCCUCUCACAAUGUACAUGUCCUAAUUCGAAGUGGGCUGUUUGUGAUGGCACUCCUUGCCAAUGUACUCUCCUUGUUGGCAGCAAUAACAAACAAACGGUGGACUGCACCAAAUUGCUCCCCAAAUGCUUCCUGAUGAAGGCCCAGAUGCAGAGGGCCAGGACUGGUAAGGAUACGCGUACUAUUGGUGGCAAACCCGUUGAGACUGCCUUCGUGGACAAUGAUGGUGUGUAUGACCCAGACUGCGAAGCUGGCGGCCAGUUCAAGGCCAGACAGUGCAACAACACAGAGGAGUGUUGGUGUGUGAACAGCGCAGGCGUGCGCAGAACCGACAAGGGCGACAAGACCAUCAAGUGCGACGAGGUGGUCGAGACCUACUGGUUGCGUAUGCAGAUGGUCCACAAGCCGCUAACUAAGGAUGUGACUAAGGAAGAGAUAAAGACUGGGAUGGAGAAUGCCAUGCUUGCCCGCUACAAGUUGGCCAAGUCCUUUGUGAAGGAUGUUGACUAUGACCCAGAGGGCCGUAUGAUUGUUGUGGAUGUCAAGAAGGAAAUCGGGGACCGUACUGAGGACCUGACUCGUGUUGGCUGGUACAUGGAGAAGGAUAUCAAGGAGCUGCCACAGUUCAACGACCAGAACAAAUUUGAGCCCAUGGUGGCAGGACAGAAGCUGGAGAUGGAGAAAGUUGUGGUCUACUAUGUGGAUGAGAAGGGACCCGAAUUCACCAUGAGGCAUCUGACUGGGGGCAUCAUCGCAGUCAUCGUGGUGGUCAUUGUGGCUGUGAUCGCAGGCCUUCUUGCUCUGUUCUUCAUGAGGAGGCGAGAGAAGCAGAGGUACAGCAAAGCCCAGGGCAGAGAGAUGGACAACAUGUAAAUGGAUGGCUUUGUGACUCCACCAAGACUAUAGGGCUCUGAGAAUGUGAGGGAGUGCAUUUUGUGGGGAUGUAGAUGUGCUGUAUUUGUUUUGUUACAUAAAUGGUAAUACAUUUUUUUUAAUCGGGAAUCUACUGUAUGCUCAGUGCCUGUUACAAUGGGUUGAAGCGAAGUACUCAAAAGCAUAGGAGUGAGUCAUGACUGUCCAUUCAGUUUUAAAUCUCAUUUGGACAUUUAGCAGCACCUUUUGUGUUCCUCUGAUGUAAAUAGUGGCUUGGAAGCAGUCAAAUCGGCACUGUGCUGUUUCCUUAAAAAAUAAUACUCUACAAUCAGUUAACCUAAAUGAUGCCUGGUGCUUGUUUUCAAAUGUCUUGUUUUGAUUUAAAAUUCCUGUUAGUGGCAUGUUGAGCUCCAAUGCUUGGUACUACUGAGUGAUCCACUGGAAUGUUCUGGAAUGAACUCCGUUUGUCUGUGGCCCGGUACACCCGUGUGCCACCUACAGAGUUUACUGUCUGAAGAAGCAGCGCUCGGGGACCCCACGCCUCAAAUGACUCGCCUUUUGUAGAUUUAAAAAUUCUUCACUUUUUAAAAUAUUAUGAUGUUUUUCAGGGGAUCAAUUUUAAGACUAUGUGCUGUACAGUGUGUUUAUUUGUUUUUUAAAUAAAUUGUAUUUGUCGACACAA